CUCAGGCUCAGUAGUAUUCGUGUUGUGUUUACUCAUUUAAUUAAAAAAAAAAACAACAACAAACAAACAGUUACAAUGGAAUCUCUACGUGAAUUUGUCAAGGAUAACGGACUAUAUUUAGCAACAGGUGCUGUUGUCAUCGGAUCGUCAUUAUUUGUUAUUAUAUAAACGAAUGAAACGUUCUCGAACAAGAGUAUGCGGCGUGGAUUAUCCGAAAGACAAGGUCAUUCUUCAUGUGUUUCCUCGGACCAAAACUAUUCCGAAUAUGGGCCACUUUGUGAUGAAGUUAGAAACGGUAUUAGUAUUUGCGGAUACAUAAAAUACCGUUCCAGGCUAAAUGUCUACAGCCGCUGGGUAAUUUUUGGCGAUGAAAUGUUACGGAAAUUCCUAAAAGUGCCAGGUCCAGUGGCAGCUUUGCUCAAAAUUACUAUGCGGCCUGGAAUAAUUAAAACAUCUUACACUGUAGGAAUUGGUCGCCAUAGUGACGAGGAAGUACAUCAGUUGAUGCGAAAUGAUCUAAAAAAGUUCUCAGAUUUGUUAGGCGAUAAGAAGUACAUCAUGGGCGAUAAGAUAACGGAAACAGAUUGUGCAGCCUUUGGUAUUUUGUCUCAGAUACGCUGGUGUACUCCGGAGUCUUGUCCUGGACGUCAACUCCUGACAAGUUUGUAUAUUUUAAGCUGAUAGUAAAAAAGUUUAGAAUUUGUUUA